CGUCCCCACUAAGACCAGUCAAUUCCCUCACCGGCUUUCCCUUCAUCACUCUCCUUCGGGCAUCCGGUGCCCCUCGCCAUUCUUCACCCUCGCGAAAUCCCUCCCCUCCGGUCCUAAAACUAGUAUUCUCCCUCAGCGCUGGCCCACUUGAGACACAUACCCUAGUCCUACCUUUCGUCACUGAUGGGGCUCGCGCCAUCCUAGCGACUACCCUCCUUUCCCUCUCCUUAUCGCCCUCUUAUAUCGUGCGCCGUCCCGCCCCGACGGCACUCCCUCUCCGACCAUGGGUGUCUCCCCAUCUGGCAAUCAUCAUCGACGGCGGAGUUCAGUGCUAGCGGGCGCUUCACAGUCAGCUCCAAUCGAACACCGGGACGAUACUCCAAGGGCCAUUGGAGACCCUGCUGGCUCCAAACGAGAGGAGCCCAAGUCCUCGCAGGCUGAGGACGCCGACAUCUCCGACCUGUCCUCGAUCGCAGAGAGCUUGGAAAUGGAUUAUAUUAGCUCAGACGACGACCUCCAUGAUGACGAAGAAACGGGUCUCACAGCGAAGCAGAGACGCCAGAGGCGCCGCAGAAGGCAGCAGCGUCGACAGUUGGAUGCCCGCAUCGCCGACGUCAAGGCCUCCAAGCACGAUACAUUACCCUUUGGAUUCACAGAUAGUGAUGUCUUCAGGAGGCUGUCCAUAAAUGCGGGCUUGAUCCUACUGUGGUAUUUCUUUUCGCUGUCGAUUUCAAUUUACAACAAGUGGAUGUUCUCCGAUGACGAUGUUGUCUUCCCUUUUCCCCUCUUUACCACGAGCUUGCAUAUGGCCGUUCAGUUUACCUUUUCAUCCAUUCUCCUAUAUUUGAUACCCUCCCUGCGUCCGAAAGCGCCCGUUGCAUCCACACCUACAGGUUCGCCCGUGAGCGAACAUGACCCCCAUGAGUCCCGACCGGUGGUCACCCGGUUAUUCUACCUUACACGUCUCGUCCCCUGCGGUGCGGCGACUUCCCUCGAUAUUGGUCUAGGAAAUAUGUCCCUGAAGUUCAUUUCCCUCACCUUCCUCACCAUGUGCAAAUCAUCCGCACUAGCAUUCGUCCUUCUCUUUGCCUUUGUUUUCCGCCUCGAAACCCCAUCCGUCAAGUUGAUCGUGAUCAUUGCUACGAUGACCGUGGGUGUGGUCAUGAUGGUCGCCGGCGAGACCGCUUUCAAUGCGGUUGGGUUUAUCCUCGUCAUUGCAUCCGCCUUCUUCUCGGGCUUCCGAUGGGGCCUCACGCAGAUCCUCCUGCUACGCCAUCCUGCGACGGCGAACCCGUUCUCGACCCUCUUCUUCCUUACGCCUGUGAUGUUUUUCUCCCUAAUCGUCAUUGCGCUGGCGGUAGAGGGGCCAUUGGAGAUCAUCGCCGGCUUCCAAGCCCUGGCGGCUGCCCGUGGAGGCCUGUUUGCUGUCUUCCUGCUGAUCUUCCCUGGUAUCCUGGCUUUCUGCAUGAUUUCCUCUGAGUUUGCGCUCCUCAAGCGCUCCUCGGUCGUGACGCUGAGCAUUUGCGGCAUCUUCAAGGAAGUCGUCACCAUCAGUGCUGCCGGGGUCAUCUUCCACGAUCAGCUCACUGCAGUCAACAUUACGGGCCUGGUGGUCACCAUUGGCAGCAUCGCGUCCUACAACUACAUGAAGAUCUCUAAAAUGCGCUCAGAAUCUCAAAAAGGCGCGUGGACACGGAGUCCUAACCUGGACUCUGAGGACGAUUCCGAUCCGACUGGGGAGCGCGGAGAGUACAGUCGGAUCCGCAACCCGGAAACGAGCACUUUCCAAUCUCCGGGCAUCCAUGUCGACGAGGACAAUGUGAAUAUUACUCCUGAGGAUGACUUGACCGCUGGCGGUCGGCGCUCAUUCCGUGUUCGUGCCAGCGGCGCUAGCAAUGCGCUCGGGUUAAGCAUCAACACCACCAAUCUCGGGGAUCACGAUAGAAAUUUCUCCCCGCGAGUGUCGGCCCCCUCGCCCUUGAAAUCGGCGCCCCCAGUCAUCACUUCCCUGGAAGCUGAGCUUAACCGGACAGCUUCCGGCCCUAGCCUCGGUAGCAAGCCCCAGACAUCUCCAGAACGGGCUUCACCGGAAGGACGCUCAGCUACCUAGACGAGUAAUUCUGGAAUAGCUGUUUCACGCAUUUUCACCAUGGUUCAUGGGACCACUGGUA